AUGUCGAUGGUAAAAGUGCUACUGUUUGUAAACGGGCUUAAAUCCCGAAACAAGGAUGUACAAAACAAAGCAAUCAAGGAUCUGUCGCUGUACGUCAAGACGGAGCUUCGCGAAACUCCGGACGAUAUGUUUUUCGAGGAUUUCAACCAUCAUAUCUUCGAGAUGCUCACAAGCCCUGACAACAACGAAAAGAAGGGAGGAAUAUUGGCCAUCGAUUGUCUCAUCAACGGUGACGUCGUGAAUACAACAAACAAAAUUUCCCGAUACUCGAACAAUCUGCGCAAUUUACUAGCCGUCAGCGACGUUUGCGUGAUGGAGCUGGCUGCGACGGUCCUGGUAAAGUUGGCCCUGCUGCCCGGCUCGAACGGUGCCAGCUCUUUCGAAUUCGAUAUUAAACGUGCCUUCGAAUGGCUAUCGGAAGACCGGGUGGAAAACAAGCGGCAGGCUGCGGUCCUCGUAUUGCGCGAGCUCGCCGUUGCCAUGCCGACCUUUUUUUACCAACAAGUGGGAAGUUUCUUCGAUCACAUAUUCGUCGCAAUAAAGGAUCCCAAGGCGGCCAUCCGGGAAGGGGCGGGCCAGGCGCUCAGGGCCGUGCUCAUCCUGACGUCGCAGCGUGAGGGAACGAAGCAAAACAACAACACCCAGUGGCAUAUGAAUUGUUACGAUCAGGCAUUCGAAUGUUUACGGGAUACGGUAGGACGAGAAAAGAAUUUGAAUCGAGAUGAUCGUGUGCACGGUGCGCUGAUCGUGUUCAAGGAAAUACUGCGCUGUUCGCACGCGGUCUGGGAGAAAAAGUACAUGCAGCUGGAUAAUUUAAAUGUUGACCAGAAACGCUCGAUACGUGAACAGAGAGAUGAGGAGGGCCGUCGGUUUAUGCCACGUAUUCGUGUGCCUUUUAUGGAGAAACUCGGUAACCAUACGGGGCACGGUUCCGCCAGCUACAGCUCGCGCUACUAUGAUGUGGUGACGGAUCUGAAGUUUUUCCGCCAGAACAACAGUGUGCAGGAGUCUGCACUUUACAGAGCGUUGGUGCGGGAAAAGUACGACACUAUCUGCCAAGCGGUGCUGGAUCAGCGCAGCUCAAAAUCACCCUACGUUAUUCAGACACUGUUAGCAAUUUUCCCGCGCUUGGCAGCGUUCAAUCGGGAAGAGUUUGUGCGGCUACAUCUGCGCACGGUGGCAAACUACUUGCUCACCUUGCUACGGAGCAAGGAAAAGGAACGCAAUGCCGCGUUUAUAUCGCUCGGAUACAUUGCUGUGGCAGUUGAAAAGGAAAUCGAACCCUACACGAAACGCAUCAUGGAGUUAAUUGGUAGCGCGCUGCCACCGAAGGACACGCCAAGCAAGCGGAAAACCCCGGUCGACCCGUCAGUGUUUAUGUGCGUUAUGCUGCUAGGCCACGCGCUUAAAGGUGGUAUAACCCAUGAAAUAAAGGAGAUUGUAGCGCCCAUGCUGUCGACAGGCUUAAGUCCUGCGUUAAUCAUUUGCCUGCGGGAACUGUGCGAAACGGUACCGCUAGCACAGCCCGAAAUUACCGCCGGUCUGCUGAAGAUACUGUCCUAUGUGCUAAUGAACCGCCCGUUGCCACAAUUUAUCGUCCCUAAGUCCCACUCGGUAGUGUCGCCCGCCUUUUUAAGUACGCUGGAACAACAACCGCAGCCACAACCAGUGCAGCAGCAGGUGCACGACACGGCGACGAUUGUGUUGGCAUUGCAAACGCUAGGCACAUUCAGCUUCGAAGGUUGCAGCUUGCUUCAGUUUGUACAGCGCUGUGCUGAUCACUUUCUGAACAGCGAGCAGCAAGAGAUCCGCAUCGAGGCCGUGCAGACGUGUACACUGUUGUUAAAAUUGGCGCUUCAGGCAGCGGACAGCAAUGGGAACGAUGUGUCGGAAACGCUAACGCAAACGCUCAGCUCGGUGCUGGAGAAAAUUCUAGUCGUCGGCAUCACGGACGUGGAUCCGGCCGUGCGGUUAAGGGUGUUGAAAUCACUGGACGAAAGCUUCGAUACACAGCUGGCCCAACCGUGGUUUCUUAGCUCGCUGUUAGUGACCAUUCAUGAUGAGGUGUUUGAAAUACGGGAGCUUGCGAUCAUCAUUAUUGGCCGGCUGUCUACGAUAAAUCCAGCGUACGUAAUGCCCAGUCUGCGUAAAACGAUGGUUCAACUGCUGACGGAAUUGGAACACUCGGGCGUUAGCCGUAAUAAGGAGCAGAGUGCGAGAAUGUUGGACCAUCUGAUCGUCAGUACACCACGAUUGGUGGCGUCGUACAUGCGCCCGAUCCUAACGAUCCUCGUGCCGAAGCUAAAGGAACCGGAUCAGAACCCGAGCGUAGUGUUGAACGUGCUGCGCGCAAUUGGAGAUUUGGCCGAAGUAAUAGGCGGUCAACAUGUGCUACAGAAAUGGUCAGACGAGCUGCUACAGCUUUUGCUCGACAUGCUGAGUGAUGCGGGUUCUACGGAAAAGCGUGCUGUUGCACUGUGGACAUUUGGGCAGCUUGUCAGUGCCACAGGGCAAGUAGUGGUACCAUACAACAAGUACCCAAAUCUGAUCGACAUACUGAUAAACUUUCUGAAAACUGAACAGCAGUUGUAUGUGCGGCGGGAAACGAUUCGAGUGCUUGGACUGCUUGGCGCACUCGAUCCUUACAAGCAUAAGAUGAACCGUGGCUUGAUCGAUAGCCAGACGAGUGCAAACAUUCUAAUUUCGGUCGACACGAAGAGCGAUGAACCGACCGAUCUUUCCACGUCGGAAAUGCUCAUUAACAUGAGCACACAGCUGGACGAGUACUAUCCGGCGGUGGUAAUAUCGACAUUGAUGAAAAUUUUGCGCGAUCCAACUCUAUCAAACCAUCAUCUUAGCGUUGUGCAGGCAAUCACAUUUACAUUCACCAGUCUCGGGAUAAAGGGAGUGCCGUACCUUUCGCAGGUGCUGCCCUGUCUGCUUCGGAACAUCGUAACAGCCGAGAUGAGCCUUAAAGAGUACCUGUUUCAACAACUGUCCACGCUGAUAUCGAUCGUGAAGCAACACAUCAUCGGCUUCAUGGACGAUAUCUUCGAGCUGAUCAAGACGUUCUGGACCGCCGGCGGUGGCGUUGGUCAGGGUGUUGGUGCGUCAUCGUCAACGACAUCGGCAGCAUCGCUGCAACCGACCAUUAUCAAUCUGGUGGAAAAGAUAGCCAUUGCGCUGGGCUGUGAGUUUAAAGUGUAUCUACCUCAGCUGAUGCCGCAAAUAUUGCGCGUCCUGUUACACGACACCUCGAAGGACCGUGCCGUCACCGUGAAGCUGCUCGGUGCCAUGCGCAACUUUGGCAACAAUCUGGACGACUACCUGCACCUGAUCAUACCGGCGAUUGUGAAGCUGUUCGAACCGCUCGACAUUCCGCUGAACGUCUCGAUUACGGCGCUGCAAACGAUCAACUAUCUCGCCGAAGUUCUCGAUUUUACCGACUUUUCUUCCCGCGUCGUACAUCCGCUGGUGCGCGUAAUCGACAAUUAUCCCGAGCUAAGGCCCGUUGCGCUGACGACACUCUGCUCGAUCAUGAUACAGUUGGGGCGUAAAUAUUUGGUGUUUGUGCCGCUGGUAAAUCGAGUCAUGAUUAAGCACAAGGUACCGUCGGUGGAAUACACGAAGCUGCUGACCAAGCUGCAGAACAACAGCACGCUUGCGAUGGACGAUGAGUUCCGCAUACGGCAGGCAAGGAACCGGAAUCGGGAAAUUUCGCUCCCGAGCGAUAGCACGAUCAAGAAGUUCCCCGUAUCGAUGUCCGACCUGGAGGCAAUGUUCAAGGCGAAUCGGCGCGUCUCCAAGGACGAUUGGUUGGAGUGGUUACGGCGGCUAAGCAUCAUACUGCUGAAGGAGUCGAAAAACCCGGCCCUCCGAUCGUGCGCAACGCUGGCCCAAAAUUAUCCCCAGCUGUUGAAAGACCUGUUCAAUGCGGCAUUCGUGUCGUGCUGGUCGGAUCUAUCGGACAAGUUGAAGCAAGAUCUCGCGCACAGCCUGACGCAAGCGCUUACCGUACAGGACCUGCCGGAAAUUACCCAAACGGUACUGAAUUUGGCCGAAUUUAUGGAACACUGUGAAAGCUAUCCGCUCAAGAUCGAUUCGAAGAUUUUGGGCGAACGCGCGAUGGAAUGUCGGGCGUACGCGAAAGCCCUCCAUUACAAGGAGGAGGAAUUCCAUCAGACGCAGGAUCACCACCAGUCACUGUUUGAGUCGCUCAUCCUCAUAAACAAUAAGCUGCAGCAGAAGGAAGCGGCCGAAGGGUUAUUAGAGUACGCCGGACGGCACCGCUCCAGCGCUGAGGAAAUGAAGGUACAAGUGCGUUGGUACGAAAAGUUGCACAGCUGGGAACAGGCACGAACGCUUUAUUCGGAAAAGCUAAAAACUAACCCGAACGACCUGGAAUCACGACUGGGUGAGAUGCGUUGCCUGGAAGCGUUGGGUGAAUGGUCCGCACUGAACACCGUGACGACGGAUAACUGGGAUACCCUGGGGUCGGAGGGGCAGAGCAAAGCGGGUCGAUUAGCAGCUGCUGCCGCCUGGGGUUUGCAGGACUGGGAAGGGAUGAAUCGGUUCGUAUGCUGCAUUCCUGAGGACACGCAGGAUGGCGCCUUUUACAGGGCCGUACUGGCCGUACACAAUGAGCAGUACGAGUCGGCGCAAAGUUUGAUCGAUUUGACGCGCGAUCUGCUCGACACGGAGCUGACCGCUAUGGCGGGUGAGUCGUACGAGCGGGCGUACGGUCCGAUGGUGUGCGUGCAGAUGCUAGCCGAGCUGGAGGAAGUGAUCCAGUACAAACUGAUCCCGGAGCGGCGUGAAACGAUCAAGUCCAUGUGGUGGGACCGGCUGCUGGGUGGACAGCGCCUCGUCGAGGACUGGCAGCGUGUGAUUCAGGUGCACUCGUUGGUGUUGUCGCCGAAGGAAGACAUCCGUACGUGGCUGAAGUUUGCGUCGUUGUGCCGGAAGAAUGGUUCGUUGAAGCUGUCGGAAAAAACGCUUGUUAUGCUGCUUGAGUACGAUCCGAUGCAGAACCUGGGUGAAGCGCUUCCGAUCGAAAAACCGCACGUAACGUUCGCAUACACGAAGCAUCUACAUAUGGCCGGGUACGUGAAGGAAGCUUACGACCAUCUGAACCGCUUUGUGGCGUCUUUCAGCCCGCAGGCAUUCACCGCCAGUAGCGGAGCGGGUGGGCAGGAUGAUUUGAAGGAUGAGAACCGGCGGCUGUUGGCCCGUUGUUUCCUGAAGCUGGGCAUGUGGCAGAGCAGUUCCACCAGCGGCAAUCUGCUGAAGGAGCACCUGGUGAAUGGGAUUCUCGUGUGCUACAGCAGAGCUACGAAGCACGAUCCGAACUGGUACAAGGCGUGGCAUAAUUGGGCGUACAUGAACUUUGAGGUUGUGCAGGCGAAGAAGCAGCAGGAAGAGUACACCAAAAAUCCGGGCAGUGCUGCCGAGCGGACGCUGAUUAAGCAUUACGCCGUACCGGCCGUACGUGGCUUCUUCCAAUCGAUCAAUCUCUCCCAGGGCAAUUCCCUGCAGGACACCUUGCGGUUGCUCACGCUCUGGUUUGAUCACGCCCAGUACGAGGAAGUUUACGAAGCGCUGGUCGAGGGUAUGCGGGUGAUCGAUAAAAACACGUGGCUCCAGGUGAUACCGCAGCUGAUCGCACGAAUCGACACACCGCGCAACUUGGUCGGACAGCUGAUUAACUAUCUGCUGACGGAGAUUGGCAAAACGCACCCGCAGGCACUGGUGUAUCCGCUUACGGUGGCAUCCAAGUCAGCACCGGGCACACGCAAACAGGCCGCCCACAAAAUAUUGAACAACAUGUGCGAACAUUCGAAUACGCUCGUCAACCAGGUACUGCUGAUCAGCGAGGAGCUUAUACGGGUGGCCAUCCUGUGGCACGAACAGUGGCACGAAGGGCUGGAGGAAGCGUCCCGACUGUACUUUGGAGAGCAAAAUAUUGAAGGCAUGUUUGCGACGCUGGAACCUUUGCACGCUAUGCUUCAGCGCGGGCCGCAAACAUUGAAGGAGUCGUCGUUCAACCAGGCCUAUGGACGUGAUUUGUCCGAAGCACAGGACUGGUGUAGAAAUUAUAAGAGUACGAAAAACGUGCGCGAUUUAAACCAAGCAUGGGAUCUGUACUACCACGUGUUUAGGCGCAUUUCGCGCCAGCUGGUACAACUUACCUCGCUGGAGCUGCAGUACGUUAGCCCGAAACUGCUCGCCUGUCGCAACCUGGAACUGGCCGUCCCGGGUAGCUACACGCCCGGUCAACCAUUGAUUUGUAUCGCCAGUAUCGAAACGAACCUCACGAUUAUCAGCUCGAAGCAACGGCCACGGAAGCUCUGCAUCCGGGGUUCAAAUGGUAAAAACUACAUGUUUCUGCUGAAAGGCCACGAAGAUUUGCGCCAAGACGAGCGUGUGAUGCAACUGUUCGGGCUGGUAAACACGCUGCUGCUGAAUGAUCGCGACACGUUCAGGCGCAACCUAACGAUUCAGCGGUAUGCGGUGAUACCGCUCAGCACUAACUCGGGUCUGAUCGGUUGGGUACCGCACUGUGACACGCUGCACAAGCUGAUCCGGGACUAUCGCGAUUCGAAGAAAAUGAUGUUAAACAUCGAGCAUCGGAUCAUGUUGCGCAUGGCGCCGGAUUAUGAUCACCUGACGGUGAUGCAGAAGGUCGAGGUGUUUGAACAUGCGCUGGAACAGACGAAGGGUGACGAUUUGGCCAAGCUGCUGUGGUUGAAAAGCCCGUCCUCGGAGCAGUGGUUUGAUCGGCGCACCAACUACAUCCGGUCGUUGGCGGUCAUGUCGAUGGUCGGGUACAUUCUGGGGCUCGGCGAUCGCCAUCCUUCGAACUUGAUGUUGGAUCGGUUGAGUGGAAAAAUUCUUCAUAUCGAUUUCGGUGAUUGUUUCGAGGUCGCGAUGACACGAGAGAAGUUCCCGGAGAAGAUUCCCUUCCGGCUGACGCGUAUGCUAAUCAACGCGAUGGAAGUGACCGGUAUCGAAGGAACGUACCGGCGCACCUGUGAAAGCGUUAUGCACGUGUUGCGACGCAACAAAGAUAGUUUGAUGGCGGUGCUGGAAGCGUUCGUGUACGAUCCACUCCUAAAUUGGCGUCUGCUGGAUUCGGAUCGGUUACGUCGAUCGAAGAAUGCGGGAGAAAUGGACAGUGGAUCGGAUAGCAUUCAGGAGGAUUCACUGCUGAGCUACAGCGCCAGAAGAGACGCACGUUUAAAUGAGCUAAAUGCGGGAAAUGGUGGUGCAUCUGCCACUGUAAAUGUUCCUUCCGGCAGUGGAACAGGCGCUAUCCCCGUUCCAAGCGCUUCCGGUGCAGCGGCUCCAGCUGGAGGUGAUGCACCGGAUGGGAAUUUCCCUGCCGUGCAGAAUCCGGUCGAUGUAACGAAUAAGAAAGCCCGUGCGAUUGUGGACCGCGUGAAGGACAAACUGACAGGUAAGGAUUUCGGUAAAGCAGAACCAGUAGCCGUCAAUCGGCAGAUAGAUUUACUAAUUCAACAAGCGACGAGUAACGAAAAUCUUUGCCAGUGCUACAUUGGAUGGUGUCCAUUUUGGUAAAGGUAUCCUCGCGGGAUCCUGAGAAAAGCAAGCGUUAUUCAAUCGUUUCCACAUGAAUAUGAUUUUUAAAAUAUUA